CUGAAGUGUGUGUGUCUUUUGUGUGACUCUUCAAACUUUACCUGCCAAACGGAAGGAGCAUGUUGGGCCUCUGUCAUGUUAACCAAUGGGAAAGAGCAGGUGAUCAAGUCCUGCGUGUCCCUUCCAGAGUUAAAUGCUCAAGUCUUCUGCCACAGUUCCAACAACGUGACCAAGACCGAAUGCUGCUUCACAGACUUCUGCAACAAUAUCACACUUCACCUUCCAACAGUAUCGCCAAAGGCUCCCAGACUGGGCCCCACGGAGCUGACCAUUGUCAUUACUGUGCCUGUUUGCCUCCUGUCUAUAGCUGCCAUGCUGGCAAUAUGGGCAUGCCAAGACCGCCAGUGCACAUACAGAAAGACCAAGAGGCACAACGUCGAGGAACCUCUGGCAGAAUACAGCCUGGUAAACCCGGGAAAAACACUCAAAGACCUGAUUUAUGAUGCCACCGCCUCAGGUUCAGGCUCUGGUCUGCCUCUUUUGGUUCAAAGAACAAUUGCGAGGACUAUUGUUCUUCAAGAAAUCGUAGGAAAAGGUCGAUUCGGGGAAGUGUGGCAUGGAAGAUGGUGUGGGGAAGACGUGGCUGUGAAAAUAUUCUCCUCUAGAGACGAAAGAUCUUGGUUUCGUGAGGCAGAAAUUUAUCAGACAGUGAUGUUGAGACAUGAGAACAUCCUUGGCUUCAUUGCCGCUGACAACAAAGAUAAUGGAACUUGGACUCAACUUUGGCUUGUAUCAGAGUAUCACGAACAGGGCUCCUUAUAUGACUAUUUGAAUAGAAACAUAGUGACCGUGGCUGGAAUGAUCAAGCUGGCCCUUUCAAUAGCCAGUGGUCUGGCUCAUCUACAUAUGGAGAUCGUUGGUACCCAAGGUAAGCCUGCUAUUGCUCACCGAGAUAUAAAGUCGAAGAAUAUCUUGGUGAAAAAAUGUGACACUUGUGCCAUCGCUGACUUAGGGCUGGCUGUGAAGCACGACUCCGUCAUGAACACUAUAGACAUACCGCAGAAUCCCAAAGUGGGAACAAAGAGGUAUAUGGCUCCUGAAAUGCUCGAUGAUACAAUGAAUGUGAGCAUCUUUGAGUCCUUCAAGCGAGCUGACAUCUAUUCCGUGGGGCUGGUUUAUUGGGAAAUAGCUCGAAGGUGUUCGAUUGGAGGAAUGGUUGAGGAGUACCAGUUGCCUUAUUAUGACAUGGUGCCUUCAGAUCCUUCGAUAGAAGACAUGAGGAAGGUGGUUUGUGACCAGAAGUUCCGACCAAAUAUCCCAAACCAGUGGCAAAGUUGUGAAGCGCUCCGGGUUAUGGGGAGAAUCAUGCGGGAGUGCUGGUACGCCAACGGGGCGGCCCGCCUGACAGCCCUACGCGUGAAGAAGACCAUUUCUCAGCUGUGUGUCAAGGAAGACUGCAAAGCUUGACAGCACGUCCAGGCGAAAGGACACUGGUCGCGGCUUCCGUUUGUGUCUCAGGCCUUGUGUGAACGUUCUUGCUUCUUUUUUGCCGUGUUGUGUUUCAGUUCUACCUCAAUGACGACUCACGACAGUGUUUAAGUGUCCCAAAGGCGGCAUCAAAAGACAACUCUAAAGUUAAGCUUGGGCAGGUCUCGACUUUUCCAAUCUUCAUGCUGUCAUUUGUUUUAUUUUUAAAGGUGACACACUCAUUUUUUUUUAUUUAAGGAGGAAGAUGUUAUGAAUAUAAAAUAAGCUACAUAAAGCAGUGAAAAUAAAACAACUUUUGUUUUACUUGAACCAAGAGCACACACAAAUGAGAUGAAAACAUAUUAAAAAUGUGAACUAAGGCACAUGAUAGUGAAAUAGAACUUUAGAAAUUAUCUGGACCCUUGAAAAGUUACUAUUGCUCAGCAUUUUGGUAUCUAAAGGCUGAACGGUGGAGGCCCUCAGCAGGUUAUGAGAGCAAGGUCAUGCUCUCCGUACUCGCUCUCUCUCUCCCUGCUUGCCACUCUCAUCUUCACCUCUACAACAGCCCCUAAGGAGUUAGAAAGCCACCCGAACCAUUGCUUCUGAUACAUAAAAGAAGUCUCCGAUGUCUUGAACACUGUGAAAUGUUUCAGAGUCACAGAGCUCAUGCCAGAGAUGACGGCAAACCCUGUGAUAAUAAACACUGUGAAGUCA